AUGUCGGAACUAGGGCACAAGCGGUCCAAGUCCUCGCACGUCAAGGCGCUGCUCCACCGCGUGUCCUCUAAACACGAUGUCACCGAAGGCGCAGACGCAUCUCCCGUGUCGCCAGUCACCUCCGACCCAACCUCGACCAUGGCUCCGUUGCAGCCCUCGGUGAGCAGGCAGUCGACACGACACAUGCCGCAUCUGUCCACGACCAUGUCGCAUCACAGCACGCAGGAAAGCUUAGUACCACCCUCGCCCAGCCAGGCGCGCCUCCCGCCUUCGCCCUCCACAUCCACUCAGGGUGCUUCGAUCGAGCAAUCCGUGCGCCUCUUCCGGCUCUUUGAGGCCUUGCGCAGCGGAGAUACGGCCGCUAUAUCAAAAGCGAUGAGGGAACAGUCCGGUCAAGGAAGCGAAGAAAGCUUCUCCUCGCCCACCAGCGGCCGCGUGGAAGGCACGUCAGUCCUGCACCUGGCUUUACAGUGCGCUGAAACACCGGUCAUCGAGUUCGUUCUGUCAAACGCUCCGUCUACUCCAGGCGCCGGCUUCGACAUCAACGCGCGAGACCACGAUGGAAACACUCCGCUGCAUAUAGCUGCUUCGCUAGGGCGUGCGCCGGUUGUGCGCAUGCUGCUUGAGCAGAAGGGCAUCAAUGACUGCAUCACAAACUUCCAAGGACAGACCCCGCUUGAUCUUGCGCGCACGCCGGACAUCUUCCAGCAGCUGCAGCUGUCCCGGUCGCUCUUCAUCGAAACGAACGUCAAGAAGAUACAGAGCCUGAUAGCUGCCAAAGAUUACGAAAACCUAGAGAAGCUCUUGCAGGACUCUCGUGUUAAGAGCAUUCUGGACAUCAAUGGAUGCGAGUUAGCUACAGAACCGGUGACCGUGGAGUCUGGUGGGAACUUGUUGCACCAGGCGGCGCGGCAGCGAGAUCACAAGCUGAUUCAGAUGCUGCUCUUCAACGGUGCGGAUCCGUUUAGGAGAGACCGCAAAGGCAAGCUUCCACAAGAUGUGACCAAGGAUGAUGGCACAAAAGCUCUGUUGAAGAGGUCACCAGCGGCAGCCGCCGCCCAACGAGGCAUUCAGGAGAAGACAAUCUUAGCCGGCGGAGCACCCUCGGCUGCAGGACCCUCAGAGAAUCCAUUGAACGGUAAAGAAGGCCGCGAGAUGAAGGGCUACCUGAAGAAGUGGACCAACUAUACCACUGGGUACAAGCUGCGGUGGUUUGUGCUCGAAGACGGUGUCCUCAGCUACUACAAGCACCAAGACGAUGCUGGGUCUGCUUGUCGCGGUGCCAUCAACAUGAAGAUUGCGUCUUUACAUAUGGACCCCCAGGACAAGCUCCGCUUCGAGAUCCAGGGCAAAUCCUCGGUAAAGUACCACUUGAAGGCGAACCACCAAGUCGAGGCAAAGCGCUGGUUCUGGGCGCUGAACAAUGCGAUCCAGUGGAGCAAAGACGAGGCGAAAGAAGAACAGCGGCACAACCGCGAGAACCAGGCACUGCAGCAUACGAAGUCGGAGCGAGGGGAUAAGCGACAGACUCGGGACGGGGACAUGUCGAGCCUGAGAAGCUCAACGCUUGCUGACAGUGGCAAGGGUCUUGCGCCAAGCUCUUCUUUGGGCGUUCCCCACACGUCCGCCGGUUCCUAUAACGGUGGAAGCACCCACGACGACGAUGGCUACGGCGGCAGUCUAUAUGAACCGAGUAUGGCGGGAGCGGAGUUAGGGAAGAUUGUCAGCAAUGCAGGUACCACAGCCAUCGAGGCCGAUGUUGACGAUGAUGACGAGUACGGCGAUGACGCAAGCAGCCACGAGGCUGCGCCUGCCAGUAAAGACGCGUUCAACAUCACGGCGCAGUCCGCGAAGCUGCAGCUUGAUCUACUGGCGCAGGUAUCUGCCGCGCUCCAGAUGGAGAGGGCGAGGAAUCCCACGUUGCAGGUCUCGGAUCCUGUAGCUGUGCAAGCGUUCUCCUCUUACGACGCUGCAAUUGGAAACCUCAAAGGGCUAAUCGGUGACCUUCUGCGCAUCUCAAAAGACCGCGAUGCUUACUGGCAAUACCGUCUCGAACGUGAAGCCAACAUCCGACGCAUGUGGGAAGACACCAUGGCCCGCGUGGCCAAAGAGCAGGAAGAGCUUGGCGGCCGUAUGGAAGAGUCAGAGGAGAUGCGCAAGAAGACGAAGCGCGCGCUCAAGGAAGCGCUUGAAGAAAUGUCCGCGGCCCAGCCGCUUAGUCCUGAGGUCCAUGAAGAGCGCGUGGCGAUUGAGAAGAUGAGGGUGGACACUAGUGGAGCCACGCUCUUCCCUCCUCAAGGAGAUAUCAUUUCACCGCUACGGAGAAAGUCGACGUUGGCCGACUUCAACAUUCCGGAGAGCGACUCGGAAGACGACGAAGAGUUCUUUGAUGCCAUUGGCACCGGGGAGGUAGAGGUCGUCGAGAGUUUACCUGUCACGAGUCCUCCAGUACAGCCAGUUCAGGCGCCGCCAGCGCCGGAUGAGGAUCGGAAAGUGGAAUUUGCGAGCUCGUUCAAGGGCUAUGAAGACCCGCCACGUAAGCGGCUAAAGCAGGAUGCUGAUGACCGUCCGAAGAUCUCGCUCUGGGGCAUCCUCAAAUCUAUGAUUGGCAAGGAUAUGACUAAGAUGACCCUGCCGGUAUCCUUCAAUGAGCCGACUUCGCUACUCCAGCGAGUAACCGAAGACAUGGAGUAUACCGACCUCCUCGAUAUCGCUGCAGAGCGCAUGGACUCCACCGAACGUAUGCUGUAUGUUGCAGCGUUCGCAGCAAGCGAGUACGCAUCGACUAUUGGUCGCGUCGCGAAACCUUUCAAUCCCCUUCUCGGCGAGACCUACGAGUAUGCCCGACCAGACAAAGGAUAUCGCUUCUUCAUCGAGCAAGUCAGCCAUCACCCGCCCAUAGGCGCAGCGUGGGCCGAAGCGCCGAAAUGGGAUUACUACGGCGAAUCCGCAGUGAAGUCCAAAUUCUAUGGCAAAUCCUUCGACAUCAACCCACUGGGCACCUGGUUCCUGCACCUCCGGCCCACCGGCUCAGCGCCCGAACUCUACACUUGGAAAAAAGUGACCACCUCCGUCAUCGGCAUCAUCACCGGCACGCCCACGGUCGACAACUACGGUCCCAUGGAAAUCAGAAACCACACCACCGGCGAAACCUGCCUGCUAGACUUCAAGCCGCGCGGCUGGAAAGCCUCCUCCGCGUACCAGGUUACGGGCCGCGUGACGGACAAAGCGGGCCGCGUGCGCUGGAGCAUUGGGGGGAGGUGGAACGAUAAGAUCUAUGCAAGACUGACGCCCGGGUAUGAAGCUACGAGCGUCGAGCCCGGCUCGGGAGACAAGCAUGGCGAGAAUAAGGCUUUCCUAGUCUGGGCGUCUCAUCCAAGGCCGCAGGGGAUUCCGUUCAACCUCACGCCGUUCGGGCUGACGCUGAAUGCGCUGCCGGAGCGGCUGAGGCCGCUGCUGGCGCCCACGGAUUGUCGGUUAAGGCCGGAUCAGAGGGCGAUGGAGGAUGGGGAGUACGACAAGGCGGCCGAGGAGAAGGCGCGCGUAGAGGAGAAGCAGAGGGCGAAGCGCAGGGAGAGGGAGGCGAACGGGGAGGAGUUUGUGCCCAGGUGGUUUAGUAAGAAGAAAUGUGAGGUUAGUGGGGAGGAGUAUUGGGCGUUUAAUCAUGAGUAUUGGAAGGUUAGGAAGCAGGUUGCGGAUGGGAAGACAAAGUGGGAGGGACAGGGAUUAGAGGAUAUCUUUUGA